AACGACUAUUUCAUAAAAAAGCUACUUCUCUAUCAUACCCAAAUCAAUCCUCAUCAAAAACUAAAACUUCACCAAUCAAUGAACAACUCGAAUCUCAAUUACCUCCAUCUCCUCCUUUAGGUUAUAAUUCUCAUUCUCAUUCAUUACCUUUAUCAUCUACUUCUCCUAAUCCUUGGGCUUUUAUCUCUCAUCAAAACCUUACUACCGAUCAUCAUUCAUCUCCUCAAUCUCUACCACUUUCUUCAAGGAUUCCAGAUUUGAUUUUAAAUCAAGAAGAUAAAGAAAAAUCUCAAACUGAACCUAUUCUAAGUACUAAAAUGAUCAAUUCAAAUCCGAAAAAGAAAGCAGGAUUCUUAUCUAGAUUUCAAACCAAAUCUACACAUCACACAACAUUCCACAAUCAUCAUCAUCAACAACAACCAAGCAGCGAAAUUCAAAGAUGUGUUAGUUGGCUUUGUAGUCUUAAUCAACUUACAGAAGAUUGGUCCAAGAUUUUAGAGGUUUGUGAUAAGCUUUCUAAGAGUGAAGAUGAUUGUAAAGAAGCUGUACAUUUGCUUCGUAAAGAACUUAAACAUGGGAUUCCUUCUGUACAAGUUCAAGCUAUUAGGCUUACGGUCAUCUUUGUGCUUAAUUCAUCAGAUCGCUUAAGACUUCAGAUCGCAUCUAAAAAGUUUUUAGAAACUGUUGAAGAAGUCUUUCAUAAAUCAAAUAAAGAUCCCACUAGAUUUGAAGUUAGAGAGAUGAUUAGAAAAUCGUUUUCAUUACUGGGUUAUGAAUUUCAACAUGAUGGAGAUUUACAAGCAUUCACACAUUUGUAUAAUAAAAUCAAACCGUCUGACAGUCCAAUGGGUGGUGCACCAUUAGACGAGUCUGAUCACACCUUUACACCUACUUCAAAACCUCGUUCAUCAAACCAAUCUAAUCAUCUUCAUCACUCUCAACAAGCUGUAGCACCCGUCAUGCGAGAUUUGAAAGCCGAAGCUGAAGUGGCUCGUAGUAAUGCUCGUUUACUCAUUGAAGCUUUAGCUUAUACUACUCCUGCUGAAAUGGAAAACAAUGAAUUGAUUCAGGAAUUUCAUUCAAAGUGUUUACAUCAUCAGAAUCAAUUGCUUGAUGAUAUACCCUGGGCUACAGCUCAAGCAGAACAAUCAAGACUAUAUGCAUCGUCUAUCACCACUUCUCAUCCGUUACCUGCCACCAACCCAUACGCACCUCUUUUGAAUGGAGUCGGAACCCCACCAGAUCCUUCAUCAGGCUUAACUAAAGAAGAAGAAUUAUUGAAUGUGUUGUUAUUAGCUAAUUCGGAUUUAGUAGAUGGCUUUAGACAGUAUGAUGAGAUGAGUAAGUUACUUAGGAAUGAAAAACAAAUGAAGAUUGUAGAGGAAAGAUCAAAGCUAGAGACACGAAGAGAAGUGAAUCAAGAAGGAGAAGGAGAAGAAGGUUUUGGAGGAGGAGGAGGAGGUAGUGGUGCUAGUAGUAGUGAACCUAUGAAAUCUACGUUUGCUUUGAGGUCUCCUUUGGGAUCUAGGAAUCCGUUUGGAGAAGAAAUUCGAAAACAAGAAGGAUAUCGGGUUGAAGUAGAUGAAGAAAGGGAAACUCGAUCGUCAGCUGACUUAUCAAACCAACCCGAACGGAAGAAGAAAGAAUGGAUCACCAAUGGAAAUGGGAAUGGAAUCACAGAAAGGACGAUGGUGGAAGAACCGGAUGAAUUUGAAGAAGAGGUUGGAAUACCUAAAAGGUUUGAACCAUCUGAAAAAGCAUUAGGAAAGAUGAGAAGGAUCUCAGGAUUAGAUGAAGAUGGAAUGGGAAGUGGAAGUGGAAGUGGAAAGAAAGAAACAGAUGAAUCGAAUGAAUUGAGAAGAAGAAGAGAAGAGGUGGAAAAAACGUUUAGGGAUCGGUAUAGAUUGUUUCAUGAGAAAGAAGAGAAUUGAUAGAAAGAAGGUAAGGUGAAGUGAAGUGAAGUGAGAAGUGAAUUGUGAUGAAUGCAAAGUUUUUUUAUGGAUGGUAUAUCAGUUAAGAUGGGGUUUGGGGUUUCGUGUUUGGUGUUUCGUUUUUUUUUGAUUUGAUUUGAUACGGAUGAUUUAAUAUACCAACUACCUUUUGAUUUUUUUUUUUGGUUUUGAAGAAUGUUUUGGUUUUGGUUUUGAUUACGCAACAACAAUAAUCAAAAAACAAAUGUAACUGGUUUUUGUUUUGUUUUGAUCUUUGAUCUUUGAUGAAGAAGAAGAAGAUGAUGAAGUGAAGUUUUUUUGUUUGGUUUUAAAAUAUUGUAUAGUUUAAUCUUUUUUUUGUUUGUUUUUUGAACUGUUGUUAUUAUUGUUUUUGAUUUGUGAGAUUAUGUUUCUUUUUUUUUUUUAGUUUAUGGACAAUGAAAUGAAUACAUGGAUAAUAUUUGAAAAGAAUG